UCUAGUUUGUCAUACUGCACGACCGAGCUUGGGCUCCGUGCAAAAUGACUACGUCCGACUCAAAAGCCCCGCUCCGAACUGUCAAAAGGGUGCAAUUCGGUAUCCUUUCUCCAGAUGAAAUCCAUCGUAUGUCGGUUACCGAUGGGGGCAUACGCUUUCCCGAGACUAUGGAAGGUGGUCGUCCUAAGCUUGGAGGUCUUAUGGACCCUCGGCAGGGUGUCAUCGACAGAAAUACUCGGUGUCAAACUUGUGCUGGCAACAUGACGGAGUGUCCAGGUCAUUUUGGUCACAUAGAUCUAGCUAAACCUGUUUUCCACGUAGGUUUCAUCACAAAAACCAUUAAAAUUCUCCGAUGUGUCUGUUUCUUUUGCUCCAAGAUGUUAGUAAGCCCACACAAUCCAAAAAUUAAAGAAAUAGUUAUGAAAACCAAGGGACAACCUCGUAAACGUCUUACAUUUGUUUAUGAUUUAUGCAAAAGUAAAAACAUAUGCGAAGGUGGAGAUGAAAUGGAUAUCAAUAAGGAAGGACAAGAACAGCAACCUGCUGACAGAAGACCAGGCCAUGGGGGUUGCGGCAGAUAUCAACCGAAUCUUAGAAGGUCUGGAUUGGAUGUUUCAGCAGAGUGGAAACACGUGAACGAAGACUCACAGGAAAAGAAAAUUGUUUUGACUGCUGAGAGAGCAUGGGAGAUUCUGAAACACAUCACGGAUGAGGAAUCUUUCAUUCUGGGAAUGGAUCCUAAAUUUGCAAGGCCUGAUUGGAUGGUGGUCACUGUUCUGCCCGUACCUCCACUUUCGGUACGACCUGCGGUUAUCAUGUAUGGGUCUGCCAAGAAUCAAGAUGACUUGACCCAUAAGUUGGCAGAUAUAAUAAAGUCUAACAAUGAGCUUUUAAGAAAUGAGCAGGCUGGUGCCGCCGCGCAUGUAAUAUCAGAGAAUAUUAAAAUGCUACAAUUUCACGUAGCAACAUUGGUGGACAACGAGAUGCCUGGUAUGCCAAGAGCCAUGCAAAAAUCAGGAAAACCAUUAAAGGCGCUGAAAGCCCGAUUGAAGGGAAAAGAAGGUCGUAUACGAGGGAACCUUAUGGGUAAGCGAGUGGAUUUUUCAGCUCGUACGGUCAUUACGCCAGAUCCUAAUCUACGCAUCGAUCAAGUUGGCGUGCCUCGUAGCAUCGCACAAAAUUUGACUUUUCCUGAAAUCGUGACACCAUUCAAUAUUGACAAGAUGCAAGAACUUGUAAGGCGAGGAAAUUCACAGUACCCUGGUGCAAAAUAUAUAGUCCGUGACAACGGAGAGAGAAUCGACCUUCGCUUCCAUCCAAAGUCAUCGGAUCUUCAUUUGCAGUGUGGGUACAGAGUUGAAAGGCACAUUAGGGAUGGUGACUUGGUAAUCUUCAACAGACAGCCAACGUUACAUAAAAUGAGUAUGAUGGGGCAUCGUGUAAAAGUCCUCCCCUGGAGUACAUUCCGUAUGAAUCUGAGCUGCACUUCUCCAUAUAACGCUGACUUCGAUGGGGACGAGAUGAAUCUGCACGUGCCACAGUCCAUGGAAACUCGAGCGGAAGUGGAAAAUAUCCAUGUCACUCCCCGACAGAUCAUCACUCCUCAGGCUAACAAACCCGUUAUGGGUAUCGUGCAGGAUACGCUCACUGCAGUUAGAAAAAUGACGAAAAGAGAUGUUUUCGUUGAAAAAGAGCAAAUGAUGAACAUUCUCAUGUAUCUACCUAACUGGGAUGCUAAGGUGCCGCAACCUUGUAUCUUGAAGCCAAAGCCCCUCUGGACGGGGAAGCAAAUCUUUUCUCUGAUAAUCCCAGGGAAUGUGAACAUGAUUCGAACUCAUAGCACGCAUCCUGACGAGGAAGACGAUGGACCGUACAAGUGGAUAUCUCCCGGAGAUACCAAGGUAAUGGUCGAGCACGGUGAGCUGGUCAUGGGAAUCCUCUGCAAGAAAACCCUAGGUACAUCGGCAGGCUCUCUUCUUCACAUCUGUAUGCUUGAACUGGGGCACGAGGUCUGCGGCCGCUUCUAUGGUAACAUCCAGACCGUAAUCAACCACUGGUUGCUCCUGGAGGGCCACUCCAUCGGUAUCGGAGACACUAUCGCCGAUCCACAGACGUACCUCGAGAUCCAGAAGGCCAUCAGGAAAGCCAAGGAGGACGUGAUAGAGGUCAUCCAGAAAGCCCACAACAUGGAGCUCGAGCCCACUCCAGGUAACACUCUCAGACAGACCUUCGAGAACCAGGUCAACAGGAUACUGAACGACGCGAGAGACAAAACCGGAGGCUCCGCUAAGAAGUCCCUUACCGAGUACAAUAAUCUUAAGGCCAUGGUGGUGUCGGGCUCUAAAGGAUCCAACAUCAAUAUCUCUCAGGUUAUCGCCUGCGUGGGUCAACAGAACGUCGAGGGUAAGCGAAUCCCAUUUGGGUUCAGAAAGCGAACGCUUCCUCAUUUCAUCAAGGAUGAUUACGGUCCCGAGUCCAGAGGCUUCGUAGAAAACUCGUAUCUUGCUGGGUUGACUCCUUCGGAGUUCUAUUUCCACGCGAUGGGAGGUCGAGAGGGUCUCAUCGAUACCGCCGUUAAGACCGCCGAGACCGGAUAUAUCCAACGACGUCUGAUCAAGGCUAUGGAGUCCGUGAUGGUGCACUACGAUGGCACCGUAAGAAAUUCCGUGGGUCAAUUGAUUCAGUUAAGGUACGGCGAGGACGGGCUCUGUGGUGAGGCCGUGGAGUUCCAGAACUUGCCUACCGUUAAACUAAGCAACAAAGCCUUCGAGAAGAAGUUCAGGUUCGAUCCCACCAACGAGAGAUAUCUCAGGCGCAUCUUUAAUGAGGAUAUCGUCAAAGAGGUUACGGGGUCGGCCAGUGUCAUCCGAAGGCUCGAAGAGGAAUGGAACCAACUGAAUAAGGAUAGGGCAAUUUUACGAGAAAUCUUUCCCAGCGGCGAGUCCAAGGUAGUACUACCGUGUAAUCUGCAGAGGAUGAUUUGGAACGUUCAGAAGAUAUUCCAUAUUAAUAAGAGAGCUCCUACCGAUCUUAGCCCUAUAAGGGUCAUUCAAGGUGUCAAGGAUUUGCUGGAUAAAUGCAUAAUUGUGGACGGUGAGGACAGACUGAGCAAACAAGCUAACGAGAACGCCACGUUGCUCUUCCAGUGCUUGGUAAGAUCCACCCUGUGCACGAAAUGCGUAUCCGAGGAGUUCAGGUUGUCCGGGGAAGCCUUUGAAUGGCUUCUUGGAGAAAUCGAGACCAGAUUCCAGCAGGCGCAAGUUGCACCUGGAGAAAUGGUGGGAGCUCUGGCUGCCCAAUCUUUGGGUGAGCCCGCCACGCAGAUGACACUGAAUACCUUCCACUUUGCCGGAGUAUCUUCGAAGAACGUAACUCUUGGUGUGCCUCGUCUUAAGGAAAUCAUUAACAUCAGUAAAAAGCCAAAGGCACCCUCCCUGACAGUCUUCCUAACCGGAGCUGCAGCCAGAGAUGCCGAAAAGGCGAAGAACGUCCUUUGUCGCCUCGAGCACACCAAUUUGAGGAAAGUUACGGCUAACACGGCAAUCUAUUACGAUCCUGAUCCUCAAAACACUGUCAUUGCCGAGGAUCAGGAGUUCGUCAACGUUUAUUACGAGAUGCCGGACUUCGACCCGACCAAGAUUUCUCCAUGGCUUCUGCGUAUCGAACUCGAUCGCAAGAGGAUGACCGAUAAGAAGUUAACCAUGGAGCAGAUCGCGGAGAAGAUCAAUGCCGGUUUUGGUGAUGACUUGAAUUGCAUUUUCAAUGACGACAACGCUGAGAAGCUUGUGCUUCGCAUUAGAAUCAUGAACAGCGAUGAAAAUAAGUUUCAAGAUUCCGAAGAGGAAACUGUCGAUAAGAUGGAGGAUGAUAUGUUCCUUCGGUGCAUCGAAGCCAACAUGCUCAGUGAUAUGACCUUGCAGGGUAUUGAAGCAAUCGGCAAGGUGUAUAUGCACUUGCCACAGACGGAUUCGAAGAAGCGAAUCGUUAUCACGGACACUGGCGAAUUCAAGGCCAUCGCCGAAUGGUUGUUGGAAACCGAUGGUACCAGUUUGAUGAAGGUCCUCAGCGAGAGGGAUGUCGAUCCGGUUAGGACAUUCAGUAAUGACAUUUGCGAGAUAUUCCAAGUACUCGGUAUCGAAGCCGUGCGUAAAUCGGUCGAGAAAGAGAUGAACGCUGUACUGCAGUUCUAUGGUCUUUACGUUAACUACCGACAUCUCGCAUUGCUUUGCGACGUGAUGACUGCAAAGGGUCACUUGAUGGCCAUCACUCGACACGGUAUCAAUAGGCAAGACACGGGAGCGCUUAUGAGAUGUUCCUUCGAAGAAACGGUUGACGUUCUCUUAGAUGCUGCAUCUCACGCCGAGGUGGAUCCAAUGAGAGGUGUUUCGGAGAACAUUAUCAUGGGACAAUUACCACGCAUCGGAACUGGGUGCUUCGACUUGCUGUUGGAUGCGGAAAAAUGUAAAGCGGGUAUUGAGAUUCCCAUGGCAGUCGGCGGGGGAGUGAUGGGAGGCGCCGGGAUGUUCUUCGGCAGUGCCGCCACCCCGAGCAUGAGUCCACAGAUGACACCUUGGAAUCAGAUGGGGGCAACGCCUGGAUAUGGAGCUUCCAGCAUGUCGCCUGCGUUGGGAAGCGGUAUGACGCCAGGUGGGGCGUGCUUCUCUCCUUCGGGAGCGUCGGAUGCGUCGGGUCUCUCGCCAGCCUACUCGGCAUAUUCGCCGCAACCUGGCAGUCCAGGAAGUCCCGGUCCCAGUAUGAGUCCAUACCCGAUGUCACCAGCCGGUGGAGCUUCGCCGAGCUAUUCGCCAACGUCACCGGCGUAUCUACCCACGUCCCCGAGCAUGACACCUUCGAGUCCGAAUUAUUCACCAACCAGUCCGACUUAUUCGCCGACCAGUCCAAAUUACUCACCAACGAGUCCCAGCUAUUCCCCGACCAGCCCGAGCUACUCGCCAACGAGUCCCAGUUACUCGCCGACGAGCCCUAGUUACUCGCCGACGAGUCCAAGUUAUUCUCCAACGAGUCCAAGCUACUCGCCGACGAGUCCCAGCUACUCUCCGACGAGUCCUAGCUAUUCUCCGACGAGUCCAAGCUAUUCGCCAACCAGCCCGAGCUACUCGCCGACGAGUCCCAGUUACUCACCGACGAGUCCUAGUUAUUCGCCCACGAGUCCCAGUUAUUCCCCGACGAGUCCGAGCUAUUCGCCCACCAGUCCUAGUUACUCGCCAACUAGCCCCAGCUAUUCCCCCAGCUCGCCAAAUUACACGCCGGUCUCCCCGUCGUACUCGCCGACGAGUCCCAGCUACUCCCCUAGCUCACCUCAGUACUCGCCGGCCAGUCCCAGCUACUCGCCGAGUAGUCCGAAAUACUCGCCCACGAGUCCGAGCUACUCCCCGACGUCUCCGUCGUUCGCCGGGACUUCGCCCCAGUACACCCCCGCCAGUCCCACCUACUCGCCGACGAGUCCAACCUAUUCGCCGACGAGUCCGUCCUACUCUCCCAGUUCCCCGCAACAUACCGCGGCCGGCAGUACGAGGUACUCACCGUCGAGUCCGAACUAUUCACCCACGAGCCCUACUUACUCGCCCUCGAGUCCUCAAUACUCCCCGUCGAGUACGAAGUACUCGCCCACGAGUCCCACGUACACCCCGACAAGUCCCAACUACUCUCCCACUAGUCCUACCUACUCGCCACCCGUCCCAGGAUACUCGCCCACGAGUCCAACCUAUUCUCCAGCGUCGCCCUCCUACGAGACGGCCGACUGAUCUUCAGAUCGGGGGACUUAGUCGGCGAGAACAAAUUGAUCAAAGAUCACGAUUCCACUCGAAAUCGGACCCGAGUUCGCAUUUUCAUUUUCCGUUCCCUCCUUUCCCAUUACUUCUUGGAUUCGUCGGCGUCGAUUCGGCUGUUCCGUUGACCUGCUUAUUUUUUUUUAUAUAUCUCGGAAUCGAGAUUUAUCUCUUCUGAUUUUUUAAGAAGAGGGGUUAUUGUGUAUCUUAUCCAUAGACUAAUUGUAAGUUAUUUGAAUACGAGAUUCGGAGAUGUUUAAAUCACGCGAGACGAGAGUGUUUCGAUCACCGAGCCCAUUGUAACCUCGGGUGGCCGCGAGAAAGCGCGAUCCGCGAACGGAAUGUCUAUUUCCAUAUUAUACUAUUAUAGUAAUUUGUAUUAUGUACGUAAUUAAUAUAAGAGACUUCAAGAAAA